CUCACACCCUUAAAAUAUCCACCACCACCAUCACCACCAUCCGCCCCCCAUCUCCGACCCUAUCCCUCUGAUUAAAUCAUUCCCCCAGAUCCCAGUUCAUCACCAAUGGACAACACCCAGCAAGCUCCAUCCUCCUCUUUCCCACCCCAGCUCCCGACUGCUGCACCCGCCCCACCUCCCGCCUUCCACCACCUUCUCCAGCAGCAACAGCAGCAGCUUCAGAUGUUCUGGUCCUACCAGCGCCAGGAAAUUGAGCAGGUCAACGACUUCAAGAACCACCAGCUCCCCCUCGCUCGCAUCAAGAAGAUCAUGAAGGCCGAUGAAGACGUCCGCAUGAUAUCGGCUGAGGCCCCAAUUCUCUUCGCCAAGGCCUGCGAGCUCUUCAUUCUCGAGCUCACCAUCCGCUCCUGGCUCCACGCUGAGGAGAACAAGCGCCGGACCCUUCAGAAGAAUGACAUCGCUGCCGCGAUUACCCGGACCGACAUUUUCGAUUUCUUGGUUGAUAUCGUGCCUAGGGACGAGAUCAGGGAUGAGACUGGGCUUGGGGCUAUGGUGGGAGCCACGGCUAGUGGGGUACCUUAUUACUAUCCCCCGAUGGGACAGCCUGCUGCUGCGACUGCGGCUCCUGGGAUGAUGAUUGGCAGGCCGGCCGCGGAUCCCACUGCUGGAGUUUACGUGCAGCCGCCGUCUCAAGCGUGGCAGAGCGUAUGGCAGGCAGCGGCUGGGGCAGAGGACGGAUCUUUUGGGAGCGGAGGGAGCACUGGACAGGGGAAUCUUGAUGGACAAGGCUAAGCUGCUGAUUUUUUGAAUGCUACAGUGCUCAGUGGAGCUGUGAACUCGUGGAGCUCAGCUACUGUUACUCAGAAUUUUGGUUGCUUAUGAUUUGUGAAUGCACUUGUCUGCACUUAUGGAAACUGCAUUUUUACUGUAAUGACUUCUAUAGAAACUCUUCAAAAUCUUAACUUCUCCUGGUGCAGUGCAACAAUUGCUGCAAUGACUUGCCUAAUUAUCUAUAUAAUGUGCAGUUCUAAUUUAAGAAUGCUUUUGUUAUUGAUCUGAUUCCAUUGAAUGCAUAUCUUUAAAUCUGUCCAUCUUUUCACAUAUGAUCAUAAGAUUAUAACCCCCCUCCCAACGGCUUGUUAAUUAUGUGGGCGUUCAUGAUCAUUGCAAUGAAGCUUUAUAGAUUAAGUUGGGCAGGGCAAGUUUGUUUAGGAUGAUCACUGAAAGUUUCCAUUAUAUGAUUAGUCAAUGCCUGUUACAGGUAAUUGAAUCAAUCACAUUCUGCAUGACAAAGUAAAUGCUGGAUAUGUUGGUGUUCUUGGUGAUUGCCUUGUGGCUAUUGAGCUUGAAUUUGCCGCCUCACACUGCAGUGGAGUUCCAACCAUUUGCGGGAAUACUGUCACUUCAUUAAGGUAUUGACAUUUUUACAUAUCUGUUAUUGUUGUACUUGGACAAUGAAUUUCCUUCAAUUCUUGUUUGCUCUGAAUACCUCAUCUCUGGAACUCCGUGGGGCCUGGAGCAAAGAAGGUGAAAGGAAAUUUGGUCCCUCGUAGAUCAAUUGCUCUGUUGAUCAAUGCAGCAGCAGAGUAUGUUCUACCUUGAAUUUACCAAUGGUAGGCAAAGCAAUAUCUUUACAUUGUUAUUCCUAGAAUCCAAGAAUUUCGAGUGAUAUUUGGUCUAUUAUUAAAUCCUAGCAAUCUAA